CCAUCGGCGUCAUCACAGGUGAAAGGUCCAGAAACCGAGGGCCCCUGAGUUCUCCAGUCAACAUGCAAACAAAACCAAUCCGUCUAGCCUUGAAUAAAGUCCAACUAGAACAGAAAAGUGGGGUUCGACGGCUGGACGGAGGCUGGCAGACCGCUCUUCGUAUCUUCAGUGCGAUCCCCGUCCCUCGUGCCUGUCCUCCGUUUUUCCGUCCCGAUCUCAGACGGCAGAGAUGGACCUUCUCCACAGCUGGGGGGUGAACCUAGCCGUCCGGUUGCAGACGGAGCACCGGGACUCUGAGAAUCUGUUUCAGUGGGUCUCCUCGGUGGCGGAUCUCCACACCACCUUCUUCGUGUUUUUCCCCAUUUGGUUUCAUCUGCGCAGAGACGUGGGGGUCAAGCUCAUCUGGGUGGCUGUGGUUGGAGACUGGCUCAACCUCGUACUGAAGUGGGUGCUCUUCGGUGAGAGGCCGUACUGGUGGGUGCAAGAGACUAAGUUUUAUGGCUCUAUAAAACGUCCUGAACUGCAGCAGUUCUCCAUCACAUGUGAAACCGGACCAGGAAGCCCGUCCGGUCACGCCAUGGGUUCUGCGGGUGUUGGGUAUGUGAUGGUUACGGCGGUGCUUUCCAUCCUCGCCGAAAGAAAACUACCUCCUUUACAGUAUAGAGUUUUGCAGCUAAUGCUCUGGAUGCUCCUGGGUUUGGUGGAGUUACUGGUGUGCAUGUCUAGAGUCUAUCUGGCAGCCCAUUUCCCGCACCAAGUCAUCAGUGGGGUUAUUUCAGGCGUAAUCGUAGCAGAAAUCUUCUCCAGGGUUCAGUGGAUCUACGGCGCCGGUCUGAGGAAGUACGUCAGCGUGACUCUGUUCCUGCUCUUCUUCGCCGUGGGUUUCUAUGUGCUCCUGAAAGCCGUGGGAGUUGAUCUGCUGUGGACGCUGGCGAAGGCCCAGAAAUGGUGCAUCCAUCCGGACUGGGUCCUUUUGGACAGCACCCCCUUCGCCAGCCUGCUGAGGAACAUGGGCACUCUUUUUGGCCUGGGGCUCGGCCUUCACUUGUCAGGCCACGGUGAAGCAGCAGCGGGCAGGAAACACAACGGCGUCUCAGCCAGGACGGGACGUAUCGGUGCGUCUCUGGUGCUGCUGCAGCUUCUGGACAAGGUGACAUUUUCCUCAAGCGACCAGUUACUUUUCUACUCUAUGUCUUUCUGCAAGAGCGCCGCGGCUUUGGUGCUUCCUACCGCUCUCGUUCCUGGAGUCAUAUGUUGGAUUUCAUCUAAAAACAAGCAUGAAAAGGGCAUGUAGUGCAGUCUUGCAGCAUUUUUUUCAGUACACUCUUUGUUAAAUACCUCAGAUGGCACGUACAGGAUGGCUGGCUACGAAACAUUCAUUUAAACACUUUUGAACAGUCUCAUGAUUUUAGUUUUUUGUAUGCAAUAUUUUUAUAUGGUUCAUUAUGAAAACCCUAUGUAUAUUAAAAUAGAGUGAUAGCCACAAAAUAUCUUUUAGAAAUGUAGUUUUUUGAAAUUUACUUUUCAUAAUAUUCAUAAACUUAAAAUUAUUUACAAGAAAAUGGAACCUUAAUUGUUUUUUGUACUUUCUAAUGACUAAAGCAGGACUAAUUUAACCAUCAAGAACAAAUGUUUUACCUUUCAUUUUUUUGUGCUAAUUAAUAAAAAGUACAUUUUGGGGAGUCGCACCACAUGACAUUUACAAUCUCGGCUAACUUUGCCUUUUCAUAAAAGGUAUUUUUCUGGUGCUUAUGUAAUAAAUAAUAAGGCUUAUUGACCUUGACACAGUCAAUGCAGACAAAUGAUUUUUCAAUAUUAAUAAGCAAUAUUUUAAAAAAGGAUUUUAGAAACAAUAUCAAAUAUAUAAAAAAGUUGGUUUACAUUGUAAAAGGCAAAUGUCCAUGUUGAGGGAACAAAACUUUAAAGUUUAGUUUUUAGAAAUGUACUUUAUUUAUCAAUAUAUAUCAAUUUUCAAGAAAGGUUUCUUGACGUUUUUUAAUGACUGUAAAAAUGUGGUGUAUCAAAUAAAAAAAAAAUCUAAAACACGAAAAAAAAAGAAAAUAGUAUUGUUAUCUUUAAUUUUGUAUCAAUUCAUACGUUAACAAGAACAAUAAUUAAAACAUUUUACAAUUGUUAUUUUUAUUUUAAAGUUGCACCACUUGACAUUUUAUAGCCUGAACUAACCUUUUAGCCUUUUCAUAAUUUAUUUUAAUUGCAUAUUACGUUAAUUAACCUUUACACAGUCAUUAGUACACACAGUCACAGGCAUUUUAAAUAUGAUUACAAUUUAGUUAAAACAACUUUCUUAAAAAUGAUAAAACAUUAUGGAAAACUGCUUAUAUAUAUUUUCUUUCAACAUUUGUAUCUUUUCAAUGAAACUUUAUUUUUCCAUUGGUCCUCGCGAACACAUCCCGUUUAUGUGGCUGAAAUCAUCUCUUCCCAAGAUCAGUAGAGCUUGUUGUUGGCAGGUCUUGAGAUGACGGCUCCUCCCAGCAUAUCUUGUUAUCUCUGAAUGGUUUUAAACGGUGCUGCUCCAUUCACUAACUAACUUUCAUUCACAUCUUCUGUUCAAAGGUCCCUCGGUCAUGCUCUGUGCAUACGGCCGUCUUCUGUACAUUGUCCGUAAACGUAUAGCUUAUGUAAGACUUACAGCGCCGUUCAUCUAUUUGGGGAUCUGCACCAACAUCUUACUAAAACUUCAAACGAUGUCUUUAAAAUGUAUAUUUCACAAUCAGAAACGCUAAUAAAAAAUGUGAUUAAUUAUUACAACAAUAAACAGUUUUGGAUAUACGUCCAAUGCAUGUUUCAAUUGUAUUAUUACUUGGAUUCUUUAUGCAAAUGUAGGAUAUCUCUUUUUAUUACUUUAAUUAUGUUAUAUUGCCUUUAGGGUAGACUUAAAAUUUUUUCGUUAUCUGUCACCAGUCUGAAUGAAUGCAUGCAUAUCUUUGGGAUUCGCUUAACUCAGUACUUUAACUUGCACAUGAUAUCGUAUAAUAAAAUAAUAAACGUG